AUGGCAGUGAAUAUUACUCCAGUAUAUUUGACAGCAGUAGUUAAAUCACUUGAAAUGCAUCAUGAAACUCUCAAUGAAGCUGGUCCGGGGGAUAAUGUUGGCUUUAGCGUUAAAGGUGUUGAUUAUCGUGACAUUCAACGUGGAUUUGUCUGUUCAGAUGCAAACAAUGAUCCAGCACAAGAAGUUGCAAGUUUUAUUGCUCAAAUAGUCGUUUUCAAUUAUCCUAAUCAAAUUUGUCAAGGUUUUACACCUGUGAUUGAUUGUCAUACUGCUCAUGUUGCAUGUCAAUUUGUGGAAUUAAUCUCGAAGGUUUGUCGUCGAACUGGAAAAGUUAUUGAGGAUGCUCCCAAAUGCCUCAAAGCAGGUGAAUCUGGCAUUGUCAAGUUGGUUCCUACAAAACCAAUAUGUGUCGAAAAGUUCUCUGAUUAUCCAGCAUUGGGUCGUUUUGCUAUUCGUGACAUGGCUCAGAACAUCGGUGUUGGUAUUGUCAUAGACGUAGAAAAGAGAGCAACUCUUCCCAACAGGGGCACUGCAGGCAAGAAUAAAAGAUAG